CUCUCAUUGGCCAUUUCAGCCAAAACUAUCGUUUGCCAGUCCCGCUGUCAGGCUCUCAUAUUUGACAUAGUCAAAGCUGCAUACUGCAUACAUCAGCCGCUUCGCAACUAUGCCAGACACAGAUCACCUGCAUGCUUGAUCCCGCCCGGGGACGAGGCCCGACCCGAUCCCUUCCAUCGAGAGGUGUGCGGAUAUGGCCAUCGAGAGAACAUGCUCGUAAAAGCGGCAGCGAGCCGUGGCUUUUCGUCGUCGUGCGGUGAAUGAGCGUCGAGCUGAUGCAUGGGCGGGACAGACAUGGGGGGGUCUCUGCAGCUGCAUCAUGCCGCCUGGACAACAGGCUCGCCACCGCCAGACAAAACGGUUUUUCUUAUUUCUGGCCGGUCCAGUCACGAAGCUGGAUUCGCCGCCGUUAACCUUUCGUGGCAGAGUGGGAUGGAGCCGGGCGCCCGGUCAGUGGCCUCCCUCUCACCGGGUUCUUGGGCAAUAUAUGAUAGAUCAUUACACUAUCGUAGAAGCAAUGUCAGCCACCAAGAUCCGCAGCCUGAUCAGAUGACGCAAACACCUCGUAUGAGGGCGGCUCUGGCAUCGUGUGCCCUCAAUUCCGCUGCUCCUUUGCGGCUGCCGCAUCUCUUGUGCUCCCCCAGUCCUCCGAGUAACACCCGUGGUUUCGAUGGUACCGAUUUCGGGCAAUUGUCACGUCUGCCCUGGUUGCUGUGCCUUGUGUAUCACUCUGGAACGGCCUUUGCUACACAGGCUCAUCGCUCGGACGCCGCACUUCAUUGGGCAAUCUAUCUCUUUCUCGUAUACCGAGGUUCCCGUCCGCAGGGGUGGACCGUCAGACCCUCCAAGGCAGCCAGCCUACUUACGAACAACUGCAGUCCAAUGCCCAUAACCUAA